AUGGCGCCUCCCAUCCCCGAAUCGAAGAUCGCCCUCUCCUAUCCCCUCUACGCCUGCGACUUCGACCCACAGGACUCGAAUAAGCUAAUAGUGGGCGGAGGUGGUGGUGCAGGCCGCAGCGGCGUUGGAAACAAGAUCACAGUACUGGACGCUUCGCAUGAGGCGAUCCAGAUCGUCUCCGAGGUCGAACUAAGCCGAGACGAGGACAACGUCACCUCCCUUGCCGUCGGACAGCACAAGGGCAGGUCCACACUGGUAUAUGCGGGUAUCAACUCCAGCGCGCAGGACCAGGAGAAGGGCAAGAAUGAGCACUUCAGAGUCUUCGGGGUCAACUCGCCGUCAAAGACAAAGGUCGAUGUGCGGCAGCAGAUCACCGAGCUUGCGAGAACCUCGCUCUUCUCCGCAAAAGAGACAGAUGCUUACCAGAGACUGCUGAGGAUAUCUGCGCCUCACGGUGAUGCUGCGCAGGUUGGCGCGGUCGCGACCGGUCUGGCGAAGGAGGCCCAGAUCGUACUGUUCGACGUAGCAGCUGGUGGCGGCGUUGCCCCGAAGACGCGUGGGAAGCUCGACAUCACAAAAGAAGCUGUGGACUUGGAUAUAAUACAGACGGGAGACGACAAGUACCAGUUGCUCUAUUGCGACAACUACGACAUCUACAUUAUGGAUGUAGCUAAGGGUAGCACAACCGGACCAGAAUGCGUCUACAGCAUGCCCCAUGAUGUUGCCACUGGAGGAGGGCGACCUGUCUUCCGGUCGAUUCGAUACCUGACGCCGACUUUCAUUCUCGCGGUUGGCAACCUCCCAAAGCGAGGCGGUGUGGUGCUCUGGGGUUAUCGCUUGCCGAAAACUGGCCAAGAGCCUGGCAAGGCGCGCAUAGCAGCCUCCACGAGACUUCCCAAGAGCGUUGCGCAAGCUACGGGUCUGGCGGUUGUCAACCUCUCGCCGCCCACCUCACCUGGUCUGAAGCAGGGCGACAGCCAAUUUGUCAUUGCUGUUGCCGGUCAUGACUUCUCGAUAUCACUGUACACACUCGAGCACCAGGUCCUGGCAGACAUCGACCUAAUCGUGAACCUAUAUCCCCUCCACACCUUCAAGAAUGCGCACCACGGAUACAUCACCGGCAUGGCAUUCUCUCACUGGACACCGCCCAAGCCGACGGCCCGCGUGCAGUUCCUAAAGCUCGCGAGUGUGUCCAUCGGCAACACGGUCUCCGUGCACAGCAUCCCCUUGAAGAAGUUCAUUGACAAGGCGUCGCCCAUCAAGCGUGGCGGCCCGCCGCGCCAACCCCGAUAUGUUGUUGCGCUGAAGUCAAAGGCGCCUACGAUGACCGCCCUCCUCGUCACCAUAGCGGUGAUUACGGCUCUAAUCGGAGUUCUCCUGCAGGGUUUCCUGGAAGUCAAGGGCGCUACUGCACCGGCGCAAGGCUUUUUGGCUGAGCUCCUGGCUGAGAAGAAGCUAGAGAAGGGAGACAACGUGGUCCUGCUAAGCGAGGAGCUGGGCGCCAUCGAGGACCCGACCAAGCCGGCCCCGAUCCGCGUCGAUGCUCACGACGAGAGCACACACGGCGCAGCCAGGACCUGGGAGAACCUGCCGCCGGAGCAGAAGCACCUGUGGAGGGAGCGGCUCAAGGCGGGCGGGCACUGGACGGCGGACAUGGGCGAGACGAUCUUCAAGGGUGUCCUGUUCAGCGAGCUUGCAGGCGUGGUGGGCCAGGUCGUCGGUGGCUAG